UAUCAGAAAAGAUGACAAACCGUAUGCCAGUUCAGCAAAAAGUUCCCAAAGAUAUUUUCUAAGUAUUUUUUCACACAAUUUGGUAAACCCCACUCUUUCCUCUCUCAUUCCAGCCCUAAAUAGAAACAUCUUUCAGACAUAUCAUCCCAGCUAAGCUACCCCUUCUUAUUUUUCUUCUUCUUCUUCUUAUUUCCAUUUCAAAACAUACAACCACAAAGUUAAAAGAUCUAAAUAAUAUUACAAACAAGAUAAUGAGCCGAGAGUCUCGUCCAUGCGAUUACUGUAAUCAGCGAAGUGCCAUACUUUACUGCCGAGCUGAUUCAGCUAAACUCUGUUUAUUUUGUGACCAACUUGUUCAUUCAGCUAACGCACUUUCCAAGAAACAUCUUCGUUCACAGAUCUGUGAUAACUGUGGUUCUGAACCUGUUUCUAUCCGUUGUGCUACCGACAACCUCGUACUCUGUCAAGAAUGUGAUUGGGAUGCACAUGGUAGUUGUGUGGUCUCUGAUGCACAUGAUCGUAACCCUGUUGAAGGUUUUUCAGGUUGUCCUUCUGUUUAUGAACUUGCUUCAACUUGGGGUUUAGAUAUUGAUGUCAAAAAACCAACACAGUUGCAGUUAGAUUCAAAUCAUGCCACGUGGAAUGGUUUGUUAGAGUAUAAUUAUGUUGUUCCUUCUCCUUGUACUAUGUUUUUGCAAGAUUUAAUGGUACCUAGUGCUAAUAAUAAUAAUAGUAGUAGUAGUAAUACUAAUUGUGGGAUUUAUAAUAAUGGCUCUGUUGUUGGUAGAAAACAAAAUCAAAAUCCAACUUGUGGGAAGCAGAAACAAGUGAUAUUGAAACAGUUAAUUGAGUUAUUUAAGAGAGAUGGGUGUGGUGGUGGAGUGCAAGAUUUGGAUCCAAAGACACCUAAUGGGAGUAGUGAUAAUUGGCAGGGAAAUAAUGUUAGUGAUGUGGUUGUGGGUGGUGUUAGUGAGGAGCAACAGCUGAAAAAUGUGCCAUUUACGUCGUUGAUUAGGCCGAAAGAGAGUGAUCAAAUGGUGGAAAGGAACAUUUUGUGGAGCGGAAAUUCCUAUGAUCAAAACACUCAGAUAUGGGAUUUUAAUCUGGGGCAGUUGAGGAGCCAUGAACAGUCGAGCUCAGUAGAAGCAGACUACAGUGAGAGCGACAUGGCGUACAUGAUGAAAAGCUAUGGUGAACUCAUAAAAGGAACAGCAUUAGCAACUUCAAAAGGAUUAGGAUUCUCAGCCAUUAACUGCUCCGUUGCCCAUGACGAUAUGACAGCCUUCAGUAAUAAUUCGAAUAACCGAGCGGCAAGCCAGGGGCCAGCGACAUCUGAGAGCAACAAUUUACCAAGAAUAAAGACUUCAUCUGACUCGGGUUAUGUUAAGCCAAAAUGCUGUGGUCUAUCUACAGAUCUGAACUUUAUGGACCAAAGCAUUGUUGUGGCAGGUGAAAACACCGGUGCGGAAACACCUGCUGAUAUGGAGCUUCUGGCAAAGAAUAGAGGAAAUGCAAUGCAACGUUAUAAGGAGAAAAAGAAAACACGAAGAUAUGAUAAGCACAUUCGAUAUGAAUCAAGGAAGGCAAGAGCUGAUACUAGAAAGCGAGUCAAGGGUCGUUUUGUCAAGGCUACUACUGAAGCUCCAGAUGGCUGAAUACCUGUUGAAUGACCGAGGAUAAGGAUCUGUUUUGUCUCUGUAUGUAUAUAUUUCUUAGUCUACCUAAUAUUUGUAACCUUAGGUUUGCUGUGAUGCAAUAUGUCGCACCAAUUGUUAGUUAAUAUUAUAGUCACGCUUUGUGCUUCUGCGUGUA